CUUACUCCCAUUUCAAAGCUUCAAUCUUUCAAGUUUGAAAAGGAAAAAGAAACUCCCAAAACAAUGGAUGCUUACAAAAAGUUGGAAACUUCUCAUUAACCCAAAGAAACAGAGAAGCUUUGCUCAACUUAGGCCUCCAUUGUCAACCCUUUUUGCUCUCUUCAAUGCUCAAACCAAAGCAAGUAACAUCGAGCUCGUGGUGCGUGUCGUGAACUCGAAAAUGGAGUGUUGGGUUUUUUUCAGUCUGUUUUUAAGUGGUCUAAUUCUCCCCGCCCGAGCCAUUGUCGGCGUCGGCGGCGGAGUUCGUUUUGGCUUUGGUGGUGGCGGUGGCGGAGGCGGAGGAGGUAUUUGGGUUGGCGGAGGAGGAAACACUCCGAAUCCGACUCCGACUCCGACUCCGAAUCCAUUGUUAGGGACUCAACUAAACAGAGCAUACUCUGUUCUUCAGACAUGGAAAUCUGCCAUUUCCGAUGACCCCACCGGAAUUUUAACGACAUGGGUCGGCUCAGAUGUAUGUUCUUACCAAGGAAUCUUCUGUACAAAUCAUAGUUCCGGCCAAAUAUCCGUCACCGGAAUCGACCUCAACGGCAAGAAUCUCAGAGGAAGCCUCAUCAAAGAUCUGGCCUUUCUCACCGAUCUGACGCUUAUUCACUUAAACAGUAACAGAUUUUCCGGUACGAUACCGGUGAGUUUCCGGCAACUCCAAUUCCUUCAAGAACUGGAUCUCAGCAACAACAACUUCUCCGGCGAGUUCCCCGCCGUCACUCUCUACAUUCCGAAUCUCAAGUAUUUAGACCUCAGAUUCAACUCCUUCACCGGCCCAAUCCCGGAAGAAUUGUUCUUCAAGGAACUAGACGCCAUUUUCAUAAACGACAAUCAAUUCACCGGCGAAAUCCCCCAAAACCUGGGGAAUUCACCGGCGUCUGUGAUAAAUCUGGCGAAUAAUCACUUCGUCGGAGCAAUUCCGGCGAGUUUUGGGUAUAUGGGUCCGAGAUUGAAGGAAAUUCUGUUCCUAAACAACCAAUUAACCGGUUGUAUUCCAGAAGGAGUUGGGUUUUUGACAGAAAUUGAAGUCUUGGAUUUCAGUUCCAACAAAUUGUUCGGUCAUCUUCCUGAUACAAUCUCUUGCAUGAACCAAGUUGAGAUUUUGAAUCUAGCCCACAACGAGUUAUCCGGCGUCGUUUCGGAUUUGGUCUGUUCCUUGAGAAGCCUCGUGAAUCUAUCCGUAGCGGAUAAUUUCUUCUCCGGCUUCAACCAGCAGUGUCGGAACCUGUUCGGUGGGUUCGAUUUGUCGUUCAAUUGCAUUCCGGGGGUGGGUCUGCAGCGGCCGUCGCCGGAAUGUUCUGUAAUUCCGGGAAUUGGGUUGAGUUGUCUCCGGGUUCCUGGACUUCCACGGCCGUUGGUUUGUGGGCGGCUCGUUGAAACGCCGGCGGCGGAGGCGGCGGCGGCCCCGUGAGAAGGAUGUGUGGAACUGGCGGGUGGCAGCCGGUGGGUAGGUGAUUAAUUAAUUGCAAUAACUAUACAGAUUUUUGGGUUUUUGUUUUGGGGGGGAAUUGAAUGUAAAUCUUUUUCACAUUUAAUUCUUCAUGGAAACAGUACUAUCUGAGAUUUUAAUGGUGUAGAUUUUUAAAAGGAACUUCACAAUCAGAUCUUUGAUUUAAUUA